UCUGUGACACUCAACUCAUGCUUUCAUAAUCCUCGCACAUGGUAAAGUAGAAUCGACAGGCUGUGUAUGUGAAUGAUUUUGUUCAUCUUCUCUGACGGCAAGCACCAGGGUAGGCCAACGCAGGUCGAUAAUGCUUCUAUUUUCAAUGUAGGGUCGAGGCUCGUCGAGCAGGUAUCGAUUUAGAGAUUGAAUCACUUUCUUGGACGGUUGGUACCGAACAGUUUCCUUCGCCCAACACUUGUAGCCCGGUGUAGUUCAGUCUUGAUAGAUUUACUCGACAGGUUUGGGUUCAACGACUAGGAAUAGACUGGUGGACUGGAUCGUUGUUGAACGGUGCGCUAUAACAGUUCCACCUACCGGUGCUGCACUUUGACAUUGUUGCAACGCCUCGAUCGUGCUGCUUUUGAUUCUUGUUCGCUGAGAAAUGAAUGUUGGCGUUUGUUGACAACGCUAGCUGGUAGAACCUCAGACAGAGACAGAGAGGGCCUAUGUGUGCACUUGCGCUGGUAAAUGAGUGACAGAGUCACCUCACUUGGAGAAGGCACGAAGCUGUGAGACUGAGAGAACUGCCGUGCCGUCGAGGCGUUCUGGGGCCAGCAAAAGCACGCUUUGAUCCCACGCAAUCAGUUUGUGAACUGGUGCGUGCAGCACUGACGCGACACAAUGGUGGAAGUUGUGCAUUCGGGUGCUCUGGAAAUAUGCAAAUCGAUCUCGACAAGCAAAGGAUGGGUGAAACGCUUGUUUGUCCUGAAGCGGUUCCAUUCAAGCGGCACAAGUGCCCUGGAAUACUACAAGGACACCAAGAAAGAUUUCAGGAAACUGGAACCCAAGGGUGUCUUGAACCUCAUCGACAACUAUCAAGUGGAGAUCGUCAGCAGUGAGCAGGUGACCAGCUACAAAAAGCAUGUCUUUGACGUGAGAACCGUGGAGGCAACAUACCGCCUGGCCGCAGAGUCACAGGACGAAAUGGACAUGUGGGUGCGGCAGCUGCAGAUGCAAACGAAACUGAAGCCGGCGUCCGAUCUAGGCAUUGCGUACCACGUGCGGCCGCAGCUGACCGAGGCCAACAAGCGCAUCGGCGCGUCGGGCGAGUGCACCAUGCAGAUGUCCAAGGCCGGCAUCAAGCUGGCCCUGCAUCCCAGCGGCAGCCUGGUCGCCGAGUGGCCGCUGCAGUGCCUGCGCCGCUACGCAUGCGAUGUUGGCAAGUUCCACUUCGAGGCCGGCCGCAAGGCACCGCUGGGCGAGGGCCUGUACGUGUUUCAGACGCCCGACGGCGACAGCAUGUUUGAAGUGCUCGACUAUCUAAUCAAGGCCGAGGCCGGACAGCUGGUGAAUCCACCGCCGGAGCUGCAGCAUGCGGGCCCAACGCCAGGCUACCACCACCUUAAUCACAACACGAUGACGUCGCAUUCAACGCCGGCAGCCAGGCCAGCGCCCGCCAUGACGUCGGCGUCGGCCGGAGCAUCCACGAUCUCUGCCCUGCCGCCGCCAUCACGCCCGCCACCGGCUCUACCGACCAGCCCGGCCGUCGUCGGCCCAGGGAGUGGCACGCUCCCUGCAUCACCAAGACUGGUCGAUCUGUUGUCGUUGACGACGACGUCCGCUUCGUCGCCGCACACGAUGACAACCACGGCGAGCCUGCCCAGAUUCGUGCCCUGCGACAGCUCCAGCUUGCUGCAGCACCACAACAACGGAAUUGCAGCACGCGGACCAGCCCAGAUGCCGCCACAACCGCAGUCCGAAUACAACGUACUCGAUCGAGGACUCGGCGUCAGACCCCUGGGCACUGCAGCGGUGACGGUUGUGCCGGCGGCGAAGACCGUCACCAGCCCUGUGGAGAGCGACGGCGCCGUGUACAACAAGCUCAACCUGCAGCCGGCCGUGAGCAUGCCUGCGGUGCCAGCGCAUCUCAGCCACUCUCAUUCUCAACACCAUCUACUGCAGCACCAGCAUCAGCAGAAGAUGAACGGUCGGCGACGCAGCCACGGGGCGCUGCCGGCACCCGACACCCACGACUACCGCAACCUACCCGAGCCGCCACCUGACAACCGUCCCAGCAGUGCCAUGGACGGCACGCACCCCACCGCCGCCGCUGUGUCGGCGGACGGCCACGCGUUGGGAGCAACGAAACCGGAGUGGCGACGGCUCAGCGGUCCGGAGUCGGUGGCGCGAGACUACGACGAGCUGACCAGGGACUUCCAGGACGACAUGAUACCGAACAAAUUCUACGGCGUGCCCCUGCCCAAUGCUGCUGGCCACAGCAGCCAGUCAAACCGCUGACUGUGCACGUUACCUGGGAUACACACCAGAUAGGAACGAUAUUCUAGGAAUGGAGGUGUUUACAUUACAUAGAGCAUCAUUAAAAUGUCUUUCAGUGUGCGCGGACGACCCACUGCACAAGCAAUUCACCGUAAUUGCUAAUCCCCGCUAUCGUGCCAUCAAUCUUAGAUGUUGCGAAAUUUCGAAUAUUUGAAUCCCCCCUUCCGUGAUGAAGCCCCAAUGAUGGACACCCAGAGCGUCCAAACCACUAGACAUAGACUCGGUGUGCAUAGUAUAUUCCACUGCUGUAAUUUGAAUAGUAUACUGGUCACGUGACCCUAUAUAGUAUUUUGACCGGUUUGAGAACUUCAUCCUGACCUGGUGCUGAAUUAUCCGAUACUACCUCCUCUAUUGCUGAUAUUAUUACGCUUCUGCUUUCAACCGGCCGUCAACAUUAUGGCCCUGGUGCCCGUGAACUUGCUUCUGUCCGUGUUAGCUUGAACUUUCGCUCAAACCUAUAGUUAUCGGCUCUGCUCUCUUGAGUGAAGAACGUCGCCCCAGUGCAGAGCUGCUCAGUGUGUACAUGUGUAUAUUAUCAGAUCAUCUUUUCCACCAUCACAUGCUUUUCAAAGACUAUCAUAGUAUUUCACCUAGCAUGCACUGGUGGUAUGGUCUAUUGGGUUGUGCCGUGGUCUCAUCACUCCAGAACACCUGCACUGCAUGUGGACGCCUUGUGUAUGCUCGGCGCAGUGUGCAUUUUUUACUAUUUUACGACUCCCUGCACAUAACAAAGAUGUGACACCACUCUACUGUACAUGUCUAGACUAGUGCUAAGUGAUGAACCUCUGAGAAACAGCAAUAAAGUUUUUUUGUAGUUUCCCUUCCCUGCACCUGCAA